AUGGAGGGUUUCCGUAGCCGAUACUCCUUGGCUGCUCUCGGGGGAGCACUUGGUGGACUCUUCUUGUUAAUUGGGAUCAUUCUUCUGUGCCAUUUUCGCUGUAAAAGGAAAAAUAAUCCGAAGGGCAAGCACCGCUCACCGAAACGUAAACGUCAAGACAAAUGGACAGGACACGCCAGCCUUGCAUACAGUGAAUCUGACGAGGGUAUAUGGAACCGGGAAAAGGGAUCGCAGAGAGGGUCGCUGACACCGCUUGCACGUAGCAAGAGAAUUUCUUCGACGGAGGCAUCCAGCGAAGUCAUAUUCGCAGCAUCAGGAACAACCCAAACUGCAUUAUCAGACGAAAGACACUUGAAGAAGCCAAAAACAUCGUGGAGCCAGUAUCAGAAUCAAGAAGAAGAUCUCCAAUGGUAUAAUCAGUCAUCUUCUAAGAAGGGCGUUUUCCGCUAUCCACCACCCAUAGUGCUGUCCAACCUUUCAGGCAAGAAGCAUGGGCGAAAGACACCCCACUCACCUCCGAAAGAUAACAUCAACAUUAGAACGAGUCAUUUUGCCACCAUUACACGCCAUGAUGAGACGCCGGAUAUGAGGGAGUCAGAUAUAAGCGUAUCACCACCAUCAUCACCGACUUCGCCACCGCGUGCAGUCAGUCCGUUAUCGGACAGAAGGAAAACUGCGGAUUCGGUGGCACCACUCUGA